AUGGGCUCCGUCUCACAGAACACCUAUGCUUUGCCGCAAAGCCACCAGGACUUGAUGGAGAAGUCCUUGGUAGAGACCGACCCGAUGAUCGCUGAGAUCAUGAAGAAAGAGAUCCAGCGUCAGCGCGAGUCCAUCCUCCUGAUCGCCUCCGAAAAUGUCACUUCCCGCGCCGUCUUCGACGCUCUCGGGUCGCCUAUGUCCAACAAGUACUCCGAAGGCUACCCAGGUGCCCGCUACUACGGCGGCAACGAGCACAUCGACGAGAUCGAGCUACUAUGCCAGAAGAGAGCGCUCGAGGCAUUCCACCUCGAUCCAGAGAAGUGGGGAGUCAACGUCCAGUGCUUGAGCGGCUCUCCCGCCAAUCUACAAGUCUACCAGGCUCUCAUGCGGCCACACGACCGUCUGAUGGGUCUCGACCUGCCACACGGCGGCCACUUGAGCCAUGGCUACCAGACGCCCGCAAAGAAGAUCUCAGCAGUAUCAACCUACUUCGAAACCUUCCCCUACCGCGUCAACGAAUCCACCGGCAUCAUCGACUACGACCGACUCGAGGAAAACGCACAGAUGUACCGCCCCAAAUGCCUCGUCGCCGGCACGUCCGCCUACUGCCGUCUGAUCGACUACAAGCGCAUGCGCCAGAUCGCCGACAAGGUCGGCGCCUACCUCAUCGUCGACAUGGCCCACAUCUCCGGUCUGAUCGCCGCCGAAGUCAUCCCUACCCCCUUCGAGUACGCCGAUGUCGUCACCACCACCACUCACAAAUCCCUCCGUGGUCCGCGCGGCGCUAUGAUCUUCUUCCGUAAGGGUGUGCGCAGCACAGACGCUAAAUCCGGCAAGUCUGUGCUGUAUGAUCUGGAGGGGCCGAUCAACUUCUCCGUCUUCCCGGGCCACCAGGGUGGGCCGCACAACCACACUAUCACCGCACUGGCUGUGGCGCUAAAGCAGACUAUGACGCCAGAGUUCAAGGCUUACCAGAAACAAGUCAUAGCCAACGCCAAAGCCAUCGAGCACGAGUUCAAGAAGCUAGGCCACGUCCUCGUCGCAGAUGGCACAGACUCGCACAUGGUCCUGCUCGACCUACGCCAGAAGUCUCUCGACGGUGCACGCGUUGAAGCUGUGCUCGAGCAGGUCAAUAUCGCUUGCAACAAGAACUCUAUCCCGGGCGACAAGUCGGCACUCACCCCGUGUGGUAUCCGGAUCGGUGCGCCAGCAAUGACGAGUCGCGGGAUGGGCGAGAAGGAUUUCGAGCGGAUCGCGAACUAUAUUGAUCAGGUGAUCGGGAUCUGCAAGAGUGUGCAGGCGAGCUUGCCGAAGGAGGCGAAUAAGCUGAAGGAUUUCAAGGCGAAGGUGGCGAGCAAGGAGGUCGAGGAGAUCAAUGCGCUGAAGAAGGAGAUUGCGGCGUGGGCUUGCACUUUCCCGCUGCCGGUGUAG